UCAGGAUGGAGAGGAUCGUCUUCGCGCUGCUCAUUGCCACAAAUACCUGCUGCUGGUGUGAGAAAUACGUGUUUGUCAAGGACAACGAUAAAAAUUGGCCUGAUGCUAGGAAACACUGCAUGGACCACUAUACUGACUUUUUGGCUCUCACCAGUGAAGAAGAGGAGCAGGUGUUCAAAAAAUUCGCGAAUAAUGACAAGGAAGGAUGGAUCGGCCUCUACUGGGAUAAUCCUAACUACAAGUGGAAAUGGUCCGGAGGGGAAUUUGUCAUCUACCACAACAAUCUCGACUUACCGGUCAACCUGGACCUGCCUGGGAUAGCUCCACUACGCAUCGCUGAAAAUGCCUUUUGGACCAGCAAAGAAUGGAAAUGGAAAUCAGGAGACGACACCUGCAACUUCUUCUGCGUGAACAUGGUGCCGGUAGCGGAAGAGAAGACCUGGGAGGACGCUCUGGAUCACUGCAGAGAGAAAAACACCGACCUCCUCAGCCUGCUCUCUUUCACAGAGAGUCAAAUGGCUCAGGGAGAGAUCCAGUCGUCUGCCUACACCGAGCCGGUGUGGAUCGGCCUGCGUUACCUCGGGAACAGCUGGAUGUGGGUGAACGGAGACCCGAUGCCGUACGAGGCCUGGCCGGAGGGAGAUCAGGACCACAUGUGUCCGAUGCUGAGACGCUGCGUGGCUUUGACCAAGCAGGGGGCGUGGGAGAGCAGGGACUGCCAGGAGAAACACAGCUUCAUCUGCGCCUGAGUCUGGCGACAAUUAGAAAAGCUUCCAAACACUUCACAUAUCUAAGUGCUCUGGUUUAGGCUGUUUUGGUAUCAGCUUUGGUUAUUCUGGCUUAGUCAAACUCUAGUUUGUUUGUCUAGAAAGUCUGGUUCGUUUGGGGAAGUGGGAAUGUGCAACCAAACUCUGGUCCACUUAAAAACAUAGGUCUCGGUUCAAUUAAAGUGAACUAUAACGCAGGGCAUUCUGGGUAAAUACAACAAAAACAAACUCACGUCUAGCACUAGAGGGAGAAAUGACUUCUGGUCUUAAACCAACAUCCAU